AUGUUGAGAGACGCUUCCAGUCAAUCUCAAGCUCUGCGUGCUCCUCCGGGCAGCGCACCCAGAGUAGGCCUGCGAAGCAGCUACUACUUUGGGCCUCCACCGCAAGAUUCAGCAUUUGGUACGGCCCCUGUGGGAGUAAUAGGCCGUGACAAGCCACGGGAGAUCAUUCGCGUCGAGCGAGAUUACACCAGCGGGGAGCUGUGCCAGUUCCACCCUUCAUUCCCGCUCGAGCUCGAAGGGAGAGUGUCACCGACUCAUUUUUCAGAAACGAUCAACGACAUUAACGUCCUCCUCAUCGAAGCCAAUUCCCCAGGGUGGGCAUGUUUUGACAAUACACUCGCUGCGCUCACACUCUACAUCAGCCCAUUUCUCUUCGGCUCAAAGUACAAAAGGGAAAUGGCCAGGCUACAAGCCUACAUUACAAAAGCAAAUAAAGAAUCCUUCAAUCCAGCAGGGCUCAACAUUAUUCAUCCUCGACACAGCGCAUUCCUUUUUAUGGAGAUCGAGUACUUUUGA